UGUCUCGUUCACGUUUACGGGAUGCGUGCCGACGGAAAACAACUUUCUGAACCUCGCGGACUGCCAGCAGAUGUGCCAGGCCGAGGAAAUGCCACAGCUCAGUGACAGAGAGGUCUGCGCCCUCGAGCGGGCGCCGGGCUUCUGCCUUGGGCGCUUGCUUCGCUUCUUCUACGACGCCGAGGAGCGUCGCUGCCGGCCGUUCAUGUACACCGGCUGCGACGGCAACGCCAACAGCUUCCUCACCUUCCGCGACUGCAGCACCGCGUGCGCCCCACGCCUGCGCUCCCUCCGGUUGGACGAGUCCACUGUCGUGGCCGAGGUGAAGACGCUCAUGGACAAGAUGGCGGCCAGUGAGAUGGGAGGUUCUAUCACGCCAGAGCCAUGAUCGAUGGUUUGGGGGAGGGAGUGCGCACAAUGCUGUUCUUGUAGGUGAAUGCAGUCUGUUUUAAAGGUGAGGCUCAGAACUGUACCGCAAUGCAUUGUUGCAGCUUUUUGCUUGCAUGGGAAGGACACUGACAAGAGUAUCGAGAGGUUGAUCGUUAUGUAGCUUAUCAUUCCGCUCAAUGAAACUCAUAGAUAUGUGUAAAUGUGUUCAUCCGUGGUUGUGUUCCUGCACAAUCUCAUUGCGUGUGCAUCACCAACAAGGUGUUGUGAAUAAACUUUGGUUAUCUUGCAUCUGGCGCGGUUCGAUCUCUGUUCAUUUCCUCAUCCGCCUCACGUUUGAAGACGCUAACACGCUGCUUGUGAUCCCGAGGCAAUGCGGUGAAAAUGUGCAAGAAGGCCGUGUGUGUUCAUUAUCUAUAUUGUAGGUUUGUCAUGAUAUGUCUUGCCGUGGCCCAGCACCUGCACUUAUCGGAAAAAUAAACGUAUUGCGAAG